AUGGAUUAUACUUGCAAAGUUUGUUCGAAGAAGUUCACUCAACUGAGAAAUUUGACUCGCCAUGAAAAGACUACUCAUGGAGAGGAGAAGUUUGUUUGUGAACAUUGCGACGAGUCUUUUAAACGAAAGGAUGCUGUAAAGCGACAUGAAAGACACCACCAAAGCGCCGAUACUCAUACCUGCACCAACUGUAGAAAAAGCUUUUACCGUCGUGAUAAAUUGGUGGAGCAUCAAAUUCUCCGUCAAGGGAAUCCAUUGAAAAGAAGACCUGACGAAAAUGACAGUGGCGAACCAGAUAAUCACGUCGAAGAAGAUAACCCAUGUAGUUCGACAACAGCUUUUGAAGAUUUCUUGAAGAAAAUCGAGUUGAAACCGCGGAAGGAUCAGAAACAGGACAUAUCUCACUUCUUACGCGGCAAGACAGACUCCAUUCUGAAUCACCUUUCCAAAGAGCUGGUAAAGCAAAGAGGUAUCAAAUGGUUCAUAAGCAUUAAAGUACGGUUCAUCAAACCUAAACGUGAUGGUGAAGAUGUGGCCACCGAACCCCACUUUCGUAGUCAUUGUAUGAGAACAGUAAGCCAGCAUGAAAUCGAGAGUCAACUAACUGAAGCCAAACAGAAAACCAUUCAGUCCUUAGUAUUAUUUCAAAAAGAAGGAAGCGGUUGGAUAUUAGACGAGAUCCUUCAUCUUGACUUGAGUAUCGCUCAGUAUUCUCCAGUUAAAGGAUCCAGUUAUAUCCCUCUACCCAGCAAACUAAAGACUAAGAAAGCUAUCAUAAACGUGAAGAAUUCUGAUAACAAAUGUUUCAUGUGGUUUAUCCUCGCCGCUCUGCACCCAGUGAAACUGAAUGCGGAAAGAUUGCAUCAUUAUUAA